CUAACCUCUAACCAGACUCGGCACGCAUAGCAAGCUAAAUCAGCUGUAUGCCUUGUGAUGGGUAGCACUGGCUUUGUACAGCUUGUUAGCCAGUGAAGUUUAGUGUGACCGUCCAUGAGCUGUGGUGGACCGUCGAUAAAAAAGACCCGAUAUUAGUUAUUCGAAAUUUAAAAUCUUUUUGAUCAACAUUUGCAAUGAAAUUGAAAUAGAAAUAGUAGAAAUCAAAACUAAAAAAAAAAUGGUUAAACCAAUAACGGGUCAAUGGCAGAAAAACUACAAGAAGCUUGUCCAUCAACAACAUAAUGGGCAGGUGAAAGCGACGCACUUAAGCCACCAGAUCCAUCGGUUAUUGAUCAAACACACGGAUAUAAAGUUCAACAUUGCUCAGGAGGGUCAAAAAUAUGCUGAGAAAAUUGAAAUGAUGGAUCAUUUGCGCUAUCAACUGGACAAAUUGUUGCACUCAAAAAAACUAAAGCUGAGUCACAAAAAAAAGGAAAGACUACGCAGAAUGAAGAUGCAACUGCCUUCCAGUUCGCUAUUAAAUCGCAUCAGGCUGAUGGAGUUGUUGGUAAAGCUGCCCAAAUACUUUGGUACCUCCGCAGGUCUCCAUGUCGAUUGGCUGCGGUAUUGGCACGGAAAGGACAUGCAACGGUUGGAGAGACUUGAGCGUGGACUGGAUCGGAUCAAUAAAAAGACGCUGCACGUCAUUAGUGAUAUCCAUGAUUUGCAGUCAAUAAUCAAAUAUGUGAAACAAUCCCAUUCCACCAAGUUCCGAAUCAAACCCGUCAAGAUGCGCAUGAAUUGGCUGGAGCCCGCUAAACUCGGUUCUGAUGUAAAGGCCACUAUUGCCACGACGAACAAGAAUUACCGCAACAUAAUAGACGUGCGUCCUCGUUUUAUACUGAAGCAUGUGCCAGAAAUGAUGCCCAACAUGUAUAGUUAUCUGGAGACUUAGGGGGUUAUAUGAAAUAAUUUAUUAUGCAAGAAUUAGUCUAAAAGCCGCGCUACUUAAAUGCUAGCAAAAUGCUCUAUGGCCUAUGCUAAUCCUCUCCAGCCAUAUAUACAGAAGCUGCUUAAAACAUCUUUGCUCAUAUGGCCUGCCUCUUUGCUUUAACGUGUACCAGCUUCAGCUUGGGAUCCCUCAACAGAAACCUGGAUUGGUAUGCUCAAUGAUGCAGCGCUUGCAGUACUUCUUGACCGCCCGAUAGCCCUCGAUGGAUAUCUGGCAGUCCUGUAUGUUAAGCUGCUGCAGUCCGCGACAGUAAUAGGCUAUGCAUUGUACGCCACGGUCCGUAAUCAUAUCACAAUUGCGUAGGCUGAGCUUUUUUAGGUUCGGGCAACUCUCGGCGAGCGCGCGCAGACCCGCAUCGCUCACAUCGCACUUGCCAAUGUCAAGGGCGCGCAGGCGGGGGCAGGAGCGAGCCAGCACUGUGAUGGAAUCAUCGCUGACUGCCUCGCAGCCGCGCGCAUUCAAAUAGCGCAGCUUGUAGCACCGGCGUGCAAUGACCUUCAGGCCCGCAUCAGAGACUCUCUCGCAUUUGGCCACAGAUAGAUAGCGCAAGGCGGCGCCCAGCUUGGCUAGCUCAUACAGACCAAAGUCCGUAAUGUUGACGCAGUCCGAGACGCUCAGCUCCUUCAGCGAGACACAAAAGCUGGGCACAAACUUCAGACCCGCAUCUACAUCAUGGAAUUAUUGAACUGUUAUAUCAUUCAAUUAUGAUUCUGGCUACCAAUGUGUUACCUGUAAUUUGAAUGCAGCGGCGCAGAUACAAAUACACCAGCUGUGGACAAUUUUUGACCACAAUUUUAAGGCCCAUGUCAUCGAUGGCCAUGCAAUCGGUCAGGUCCAGAUAUUGCAGCAGUAGACGACGCGGCGGCUCCAUGUGGGGAUUCGGACUUAUGCUGCUCACCUGACUACAGCCUGUUUGCGUUGGGAUGCUGUAGAUUGGUACACUUGGUGAGCGCCUCGACCAGCGCCUGAUUGGACACGCCCUCGCAAGUCUGCAGCUGCAGAUGCGUCAGUUCGGGACAGCGACGCGUGAGCAACUGCAGACCUUUGUCUGAAAUGCGACAGCCAUCGGCGAGCAUAACGCGUUCCACCUCCGGGCAGGCGCCAUUGCAGCUCUGUCCGCACAGCUGGCGGAAGAUCAUCUUCAGCGUCUUGUCACCAUUCAGAUGCUCUCCGCGCAACGUGAUGCACUUCCAGAGUAACGGACGCCAGGCGAGCUGCUCGAAUCGUCGACAGACGCGCGCCACAUUGCACAGCUCGCAGCUAUCUAGCCAGCUGAAAAUGCGCACAACGGCCUCAUCGGGCAGGCGGUCAAAGUAGGGUCCGCAGCGAUAGGGACCUUUACGGUUCCAGGGUGGCGGCCCAAUGGCUGUGCCAUUGACCGUGCCGCUGCUGCUGCUGGUCAAUCCACGCCGCGGAGUUGUAGCGGGAGUACUGCUGGUAAUGACACCACCGCUGACCACGCUAGGGCUGCUAUUUUUGGGAUUGUUGCACACAACAAUGCCACCCGUGGUGCUCGGAUGAUGGCCAGUGGGCGAAGGCGACACCAGCGUGGCAUAUCCUUGGUCCAGGCUAGGUGAAAAACGACCCAUAUUGCACAGGCCAUCGGAGAGACUUUGGACUUUGGUGUGGUGAUGGUCCAGCUGGAAGGCAUUGGCGGGCGAGUUGGUGCUGCGAUUUAGCAAAUAACGAUCCGAGCCACUCGUCUCACUGGGACUGGAGUUACGCGGAUGAUGCAGACGUUCUACAAAGAUAAAUUAAGAGAAUUAGAACUUUGUGAGAAUUUUUGGUUUCGCUUGUAGCGAAGCAAAGACAGAGUUCUAAUUUUUUUAAAUACUUUUUGUAACUGUUAUUUAAAGGAUAAGUAUCGGUAACAUUACCAUCGAGGUGCUGAAUAUUAAAUACCCUUGCAAUAAUA